GCUGAGACACACAACCAAAAAAAGAGAUGCUUUUUUCUACCAGCCCCUCGCAAGAGCUCAGUAUAAUCUCCCGAGCCUCUCUACACAAAUUGAUUGGUUUUUGGAUUAAACAAUUGGGCCCCUCUUUCCGGGGCUAAUUGCCAUCGCAAGCAAACAAGCUCGCUGAGUGCUUUGUUAAUCUAAAUAGCUUCGUUAAAUAGUCUCUCUCUCUCCAAUGGCGCCAUGGCGGGGGUUCAGUUGCUGCGUACUCUCUCCUCUUCCUCCUACUUAAAUAGUCUCAAGUGCCGCUGUGUGUGCUCUUCUACUUUUGCUUCUCUUUCUCUCUCCUCUGCUCCUGCUUCUCCCUCCCUCUCUCCGUCUCCAAUUGCUGCAGUAGUAGGUUGGUUGUCUACUUGUCUGUUGGUGCUGUUCUUCCGUUCUUGAUGUGGGUUUCGGUUGUUGGGCACCUCUUCUCUUCGGUUGUUUAAGUGAGGUAAUUGGCUCCACCGACAUGUGAAGCAAGCUGUCAAAGAAUUCGGCCGGACGCAAGAACUCGUCGGCCUUCUGCCCCAUUAUCUGCUUCUCUUCUUCCUUGCGAGAAUUGACGCGCGCGAAUUGGAGCCAUGGCCGCCUCCACGACGGCGGCUGCGUGGUUCCUCCUCGUGGUGGUGGUGCGGCUUCAGGUGACGGUGCCCGCCAUUGCCGCCGGAGACGACGAGGCGGAGGCGCUGCUCGCCUUCAGGCGUGCGUCGGUGGCGGACGACCCGCGCGGCGCGCUCGCGGGCUGGGCGCGGGCGAACUCCACCACGGCGCCAUGCUCGUGGGCCGGCGUCUCGUGCGCGCCGCAGCCCGACGGCCGCGUCGUCGCCCUCAACCUCAGCGGCAUGGCGCUCGCCGGCGAGCUCCGGCUCGACGCGCUGCUCGCGCUCCCGGCGCUGCAGCGCCUCGACCUCCGCGGCAAUGCCUUCUACGGCAACCUCUCGCACGCCGCGGUGCCGCCUUCGCCGUGCGCGCUCGUGGACGUGGACAUGUCGUCCAACGCCUUCAACGGGACUCUGCCACCGGCAUUCCUGGCGCCGUGCGGCGAGCUGCAGUCCCUGAACCUGUCGCGGAACGCCCUCGUCGGCGGCGGGUUCCCGUUCGCGCCGUCGCUGCGGUCGCUCGACCUGUCACGCAACGGCCUGGCGGACGCCGGUCUGCUCAACUACUCCUUGGCCGGCUGCCACGGCCUGCGCUACCUCAACCUCUCCGCCAACCAGCUCGCCGGGCGGCUGCCGGAGCUGGCGCCGUGCAGCGAGCUCUCCGUGCUCGACGUGUCGUGGAACCACAUGUCCGGCGCGCUCCCCACCGGGCUCAUGGCCACGGCGCCGGCGAGCCUAGCGUACCUGAGCAUCGCCGGGAACAAUUUCACCGGCGACGUCUCGGCGUACGACUUCGGCGGGUGCCCCAACCUGACGGUGCUGGAUUGGUCCUACAACGGUCUGAGCAGCACCAAGUUGCCACCGGGCCUCGCCAACUGCCGCCGCCUCGAGACGCUGGACAUGUCCGGCAACAAGCUCCUCGCCGGCCCGAUACCGGCCUUCUUGACCGGCUUGUCCUCGCUGCAGCGGCUGGCAUUGGCCGGCAACGAGUUCUCCGGUCAGAUACCCGGCGAGCUCAGCCAGCUGUGCGGCAGAAUUGUUGAGCUGGACCUGUCAACCAACCGGCUGGUUGGUGGCUUGCCGGCAAGCUUUGCCAAGUGCAGGUCACUGGAGGUGCUUAACCUCGGUGGCAACCAGCACUCCGGGUCCUUUGUGGACAGUGUCGUCAGCACCAUCGCCUCGCUCCGUGUGCUGCGGCUUUCCUUCAACAACAUCACUGGGCCGAACCCGCUGCCGGUGCUGGCGGCGGGCUGCCCAUUGCUGGAGGUGAUCGACCUCGGGUCCAAUGAGCUUGAUGGUGAGAUAAUGGAAGAUCUCUGCUCAUCACUGCCAUCGCUGCGGAAGCUGUUCCUCCCCAACAAUUACCUCAAUGGCACCGUGCCAAAGUCGCUUGGCAACUGCGCCAAUCUGGAGUCCGUUGAUCUCAGCUUCAACUUCCUGGAGGGCAACAUCCCAACGGAGAUAAUGGCACUGCCGAAGCUUGUUGAUCUUGUCAUGUGGGCGAAUGGCCUCUCCGGCGAGAUUCCGGACAAGCUUUGCUCCAACGGUACCACAUUGGAGACCUUGGUGAUAAGCUACAACAACUUCACUGGAGGCAUUCCCCCUUCCAUCUUCAGAUGUGUCAAUCUCAUCUGGGUGUCGCUCUCCGGCAACCGCCUUACCGGGAGCGUGCCUCGCGGUUUCGGUAAGCUCCAGAAGCUUGCCAUCCUGCAGCUCAACAAGAACCAGCUCUCCGGCCAUGUGCCGGCAGAGCUCGGCAGCUGCAACAACCUCAUCUGGCUGGACCUCAACAGCAACAGCUUCACCGGCACUAUACCGCCAGAGCUGGCUGGCCAGGCGGGGCUGGUUCCGGGGGGGAUCGUGUCAGGGAAGCAGUUUGCCUUCCUCCGGAACGAGGCCGGCAACAUCUGCCCCGGUGCCGGUGUGCUCUUCGAGUUCUUCGGCAUCCGGCCGGAGAGGCUGGCUGCCUUCCCAAACGUGCACCUCUGCCCAUCCACAAGGAUAUACACUGGCACAACGGUGUACACGUUCGGCAACAACGGGAGCAUGAUCUUCCUGGACCUCUCCUACAACGGCCUCACCGGCGUCAUUCCGGCGAGCCUUGGGAGCAUGAUGUACCUUCAAGUCCUGAACCUGGGGCACAAUGAGCUCGAUGGUACCAUACCAUACGAGUUCUCAGGGCUCAAGGCAAUUGGUGCGCUUGACCUCUCAAACAAUCAUCUCAGUGGUGGCAUCCCCCCGGGGCUUGGUGGCCUGACAUUCCUUGCCGACUUCGACGUCUCCAACAACAAUCUGUCAGGUCCGAUCCCUUCAUCUGGCCAGCUCACCACGUUUCCGCAGACCCGGUAUGCGAACAACUCUGGCCUCUGUGGCAUCCCUCUGCCUCCUUGUGGUCAUGAUCCUGGGAGGGGAGGCGCGCCAUCUGCUUCAUCCAAUGGGAGGAGGAAGACCUUUGGGGGAAGCGUUCUUGUCGGAGUGGCGCUCUCCGUACUCAUCCUGCUGCUGCUGCUGGUCACACUCCGCAAGCUCAGGAAGAACCAAAAGACAGAAGAGAUGAGAACCGGGUACAUUGAGAGCCUCCCAACAUCUGGCACAUCAAACUGGAAGCUUUCCGGUGUGCACGAGCCGCUGAGCAUCAAUGUGGCAACACUUGAGAAGCCACUGAUGAAGCUCACCUUUGCGAAUCUCCUUGAGGCCACCAAUGGCUUCAGCGCUGAGACCCUCAUAGGCUCAGGAGGUUUUGGGGAGGUGUACAAGGCAAAGCUCAAGGAUGGCACUGUCGUUGCCAUCAAGAAGCUCAUCCAUUUCACAGGCCAGGGUGACAGGGAAUUCACUGCGGAGAUGGAGACCAUUGGCAAGAUCAAGCACCGCAACCUCGUGCCGCUGCUCGGGUAUUGCAAGAUCGGCGAUGAGCGGCUCCUCGUGUACGAGUACAUGAAGCAUGGCAGUCUUGAUGUUGUUCUGCAUGACAAGGCCAAAGCUAGUGUGAAGCUUGACUGGGCAGCGAGGAAGAAGAUUGCGAUCGGUUCAGCAAGGGGCCUCGCCUUCCUCCACCAUAGCUGCAUCCCCCACAUCAUUCACCGGGACAUGAAGUCAAGCAAUGUGCUUCUUGAUAGCAACCUUGAGGCCCGUGUAUCGGACUUCGGGAUGGCGAGGCUGAUGAAUGCACUUGACACACAUCUCAGUGUGAGCACACUUGCAGGCACACCUGGGUAUGUGCCACCUGAGUACUACCAGAGCUUCCAGUGCACGACCAAGGGCGAUGUCUACAGCUAUGGAGUUGUGCUCUUGGAGCUCCUGUCAGGGAAGAAGCCGAUCGAUCCGAAUGAGUUUGGAGACAACAACCUUGUCGGCUGGGUGAAGCAGAUGGUCAAGGAGAACAGAAGCAGUGAGAUAUUUGAUCCCACACUGACAAACACCAAGUCAGGGGAAGCUGAGCUCUAUCAGUACCUGAAGAUCGCUUGCGAGUGCUUGGACGACCGGCCUAACCGAAGGCCAACCAUGAUCCAGGUCAUGGCAAUGUUCAAAGAGCUGCAGCUUGACUCCGACAGCGACUUCCUCGACGGCUUCUCAAUCGACUCAUCAACCAUUGAUGAAUCAGCGGAGAAAUCAACCUGAUGGUUUCUAUUCCUUGCAGAUUUUGAUUCUCUGGAGGGAUAGAACAGCAGCUAGCUCAAUCAUUUUAGCUCCCAGUAGCAAAACGUAGUCUCCUUCGAUCUAGUAGGAAAAAUUUUAUUUCUGAUUCUAUGUCACUGUAAAUAGCACACAAAUGCGCGAGCAGGGGAAGAAGGGUAGGAUAAACUGCAGAUGAGCUGUUCUCUUCUGUUGGAGGAGAUAAUGUAUUUUGGAAUCAAAUUCCUAGCAUUUCUGCAUCAAUAUUGUUGAGGAUAUGAUUCAAAACC